ACAACAAAAACAAUGGCAUCACGCAACGAGUCACGCAUUUAUGUUGGAAAUUUGCCACCAGAUAUUCGCACCAAAGAUAUCCAGGAUUUGUUUCAUAAAUUUGGCAAGGUUACGUUUGUCGAUCUUAAGAACCGGCGUGGUCCGCCAUUUGCAUUUGUAGAAUUUGAGGAUGCACGUGAUGCCGAUGACGCUGUUAAGGCCAGAGACGGCUAUGAUUACGAUGGCUAUAGGCUGAGAGUUGAAUUCCCCAGAGGUGGUGGUCCCGGUAGUUAUCGUGGCAGCCGCAAUGAAGGCGGCGGUGGUGGACGUGGUCGUGAUGGUGGCGGUCGCAGUGGACGCGGACCACCAACUAAACGUUCACAAUAUCGUGUUCAAGUUACAGGCCUGCCCGCUUCUGGUUCUUGGCAAGAUUUGAAAGAUCACAUGCGCGAAGCUGGCGAUGUCUGUUUUGCCGAUGCCUAUAAAGAUGGUACUGGUGUUGUUGAAUUUUUACGUUUGGAAGAUAUGAAAUAUGCCAUUAAGAAAUUGGAUGAUUCAAGAUUUAGAUCACAUGAAGGUGAGGUAUCCUAUAUACGGGUACGUGAAGACACUGGCGAUAAUGACCGUGGCGGUGGCCGCGGUGGUGGUGGCGAUUUUGGACGUGGCAGGUCUCGCUCAUUCUCACCUCGCCCAAGAAGACGAGGUACACCCACCUAUUCACCAGUGAGACGGCAAACAUUCUCAAGGUCACGAUCUCGUUCAAACUUUUAAUCUCUAAUGACUAUUCCAAAAACAAA